AUGAAAUAACCAUCCUACCGAUGCACAGAAAAGCUUUGGAAACCUAUAGUGAGACCACCAAAACAUAAUUAUAGACUGAAAGACAUGGGAAAUGAGAUUUUCAUGGUUUAAGAUACUGUUACUAAACGAUUUGACUUUGAAUUUUAAAACUCUAGAGGAUUGAUAUUGUAAUGCAGGUAUUUAACUAAAUUAUUGACAGUUUAUUUGAACCAAUAAGAAUGUAAGACAAACCACAUCCAUGUAUGAUCUAUUUACAUGGGAACUCUAGCAGUAGAGUGGAAGCUUUAACUAUUGUUGAAUACUUGCUCCCUAACAACAUAGCAGUCUGUGGAAUCGAUCUAUCAGGUUAUACUCUUAACUAUUAUUUACAGGUUCUGGAUAAUCGUAAGGUGAAUACAUUUCCUUAGGAUAUUAUGAAUCAAGAGAUGCUAAUGACCUCUAUGAAUAUCUAAGAUUAAAAAAAGUAAGUGAACUUCAUAAUUAUAAGUCUAACAGCCUUUUAUUACUUAAAUUGGAUUGUGGGGUAGAUCUAUGGGUUCAGUGACUGCCAUUAUUGCAGCAACUCUCAAUCAAAAUUUCAAAGUUUUAGUGUGUGAUAGUCCUUUCUCUAAUUUAACUCAUCUCUGUUAAGAAUUAGCAUCAAAUAGUUAUAAUAUACCUAGUUGCUUUUUUAAUUGUUUCUGGUGUCUCGUGAAAGCCAAAAUAAGAAGAGAGGCCAAAUUUAACAUUGAAGAUCUCAAUAUCUCAUAAGUUAUUCAAAGUAUAUAAUUCCCUAUAAUAAUCUUACUUAGCUCUCCCUAAUGAUGUAUCUAUUGUUUUCUUAUCAGCCAAAUAAGACCAAUUGAUUAUUGAAAAACAUCCUAAAAUUCUGAUGGAAAAAUUUAGAGGAACUAAAGUAUUGAAACAAUUUGAAGGGACCCAUAAUUCCAAAAGACCUUAAGAUAUUAUGAAAGAAACAGUUAAAUUUAUCAUUAUGUAAUUUGAUAAAUGUUCUAUGAAUUCAAACACAAGCUAAGGUGAUACUAAAUUAUCUAAUAACACAAAAGAUUAGAUACCUAUUCCGGAUAUUGAUGCUCCCCUUUUGAAUUCAGAAAAACCAUAUUUAUCAAAAAUAGAUAAGUGA